AUGACCUCUUUAAAGCAUCAUAAUAACUUGCUGAUACUGACCAUUCUCUUAGUGACGAUGCUACAAGAAGAGCCUUGGAGGACAUUGUGUCCAAGCUCAUUAGCCUUGGUCACCUGGCUGGACAGCUUGGCGGUUUUGUUGGUGAGAGUGAGAGUGUUAAGAAAGCCGUUGAGAAUGCUAUUAUCGCUGAAAUUAACAGUAAUGAAGAGCUUAAAAUCUUUACUCUUCUCAUGUUUCUAA